AAGCAUAAAAAUCUUUAGUUUCUCUUGCCGAGGCGCAGCAGGCUCAGCUUGCCCAAGGUCACUGCCUCUCGUCGGGUUUUUUCGCUUCAUCACCAUUACGACCAUCGGUGAAAGCUCUGAGCUUUCUUGUUCUUCUUCUAUAAGCUCUUAAAGAGAAGCGCAUCUCUCUUUGAGAAGAUUCUAGGUGUUAAAUUUCUAUCUAUUUUUGGGGAAAAUCUGCAGGGUUUUAAAGAUUGGGUUGCAGAGAGAGAGAUCUAAUUUGAUUGGGUUGGUUAGAGAGAGAUAUAUAAAUUAUCUAUUUUCAUCUUUGGGUUAUCUUAGGUUUGGAAGGUUUCUCUUUUUCUUAGGAAAAGUGGCGUGAGUGAUUGAAACUUGAGGGUUAAAUUUUUAAGUUGUAAAAGAAAAGUAUGUAAUCUCAGUGUGGGAAUGGAAAAUCCAUGUUCUUGAGCAAAUCUCUAGGAAUUGGACCCUUGCAUUAUUCUUUUCUUAAUCUUUUUGCAAAUGUUUCCUGUUUUGGCUGUGUGGAUCGUAUCAUCAAGCUGAGGAGAUUGGCCAUUGCCAAGCACUUGGUGGAGAGAUAAUCAACAUUAGAAAGCUUCACUUGGGCUUAAAGUUGCAGGAGGAGGAGAGCGAGGCAUCUGUGGACUUGACAUCAGGAUCACAUUGCCAGAUUGUAUGGGAAAGAAACGGUUGACAUCGCCAAUUGACAUAGCAAAGGAAAUCUCCAAAAGUUUGUGUCCUGAAAUGCUUUGAUUUUGCAGGUAACACAGAGAAAAGAUGUAGGGAUAAGACCUUGAGGUUGUACUUUACUUGACUCUAAGAGCUCAUAGAAAAGCGUGUGGCCUCUUUUUCAGAGGUUAUUGAAAUUCUAGAUGGCGAAUAGCAAGUACGAGUAUGUGAAAUCCUUUGAACUCCCAGACAAUCUGUUGCCUUCCACAUGGAUCAUUGUUAGAAUUGAUGGCCGUGGCUUCCGAAAGUUUUCGGAGGCUCACGAAUUUGAGAAGCCCAAUGAUGAGAAUGCCUUAAUGUUAAUGAAUUCAUGUGCCAUUUCCUUGCUAGACGAUUUCCCAGACAUUGUAUUUGCCUAUGGUGUUAGUGACGAGUACAGUUUUGUUUUCAAGAAGAGUUCUCAAAUCUACAAGAGACGUGCCAGCAAAAUACUAUCUACCUGUGUUUCAUUAUUUUCUUCUACAUAUGUCAUGAAGUGGGCGGAGUUCUUCCCCAAUAAACCAUUGAAGUAUGCACCGUCUUUUGAUGGGCGAGUUGUAUUGUAUCCUACAGUUGCACAUGUUCAUGAUUAUCUCUCUUGGCGCCAAGUGGAUUGUCACAUAAACAAUCAGUACAAUACUUGUUUAUGGACAUUGGUGAAGUCCGGAAAAACCAAUGAGGAAGCACAAAAAUUUUUAAAGGGUACUCAAAAGCAAGAAAAAAAUGAAAUCCUUUUCCAGCAGUUCGGCAUCAAUUACAAUACAUUACCUCCAAUGUUUAGGAAAGGCUCUUGCGUCUUUAGAGAAGAGGUGCACGAAAUUUCAAAGAGUAAGAAAGUUAAGAAGAAGGUGGUUGUGGACCAUUGUGACAUUAUUUGCCCGGGCGACAUGCACUUUUGGAAUGAGCAUCCAUACAUCCUAUCUGAUGAUCAGUAGACACAUUUCAUUUUAUAAAUGUCUUAAUUUUUCAUGAUUGAUGGAAAUUUUCUACCAUGCGAUAGCAAACUUUGUUUAUCGAUUUUUUUUGUUAUUAAUAUAUUGAAGAAAAAUGAAAAGAAAACUGUGGUAUAAAUCAAUCAAAUUCUUGUGAUUUCAAUUU